AUGUAUGAAGGACAGUCAUGCAGGACCAAGGGGUGGAGUGGGGAAAGGGUGAUACAGGAGGAGCAUACAUUAGGAAAAGGGGUGGGGAAUAUAGCAGAGGGUAGUUACAGAGGGGAACAGGUUGAGCUGUCAUUCAGCACCAGGAAUAGAAAAGGGCCUGCAAACCACAGCCCUGCUCCCUCAAGCCGAGCCCCAAAGUCUGGAAUUCCACCUCGCUAUUUUGAGUCUCCCCUGCCAACUCGGCGGCAACAGAGUCUUCUCAGAGCACAGAACUUACAAAAAGAGAGCAAGAUUGGUGCCAAGAAGGUUCGUUCAACUUCUCAAAGCCUUCAAAGUGGUGCUCGUCGUCUUUCUUCAGAAUGUACUAGCGAGACUUCCAGUAUGGGAAGUGAAUUUGAUGAUGCAGACAGUGAGGUGAAGUGGUUCACAGACCAGGCCUUCAGGAGCCUAUCUAGCCCUCAGGUGGACUAUUUGGAUGUCUACAGCUCUAGCUGCGGGUCAUCUAUAAAUGUUUCACAGCCUUCUACAAUGGACAGUCCAGGUUCUGCUACAUGGAUUUCCUACACAGAUUUGCACGACAUGCUACAGGAAAAUGAUGAUGUUUUAUGUCGUACUUCUUCAUUUUUACCCCACGGUACACUAGACCCAGCAAAGCAUUUUGAGAUGGGUAGUUUUGAAUGCGUUGAUGUAGCAGUGGAGAGCAAGGAGGAAACCAGUAGUGGAAAAAGGACAGUCCCAAAAAGACGGAUCCAAUUUAAGAGGCACAACUUUGAUGAACAAGAGUCUCCUGAGAAUGAAGGAAAAGCUAUGGAUUCACUGUCCACACAGACCUGUUCAAGGGACACAUUUGUUUGUCAACAUAGUACCCCAGCAUCAAUGCAGGAAGAUCUGGUUCAAGGUGAACAUGAAAUUCAAGCUGGUAAGAAGAUGCUCCAGAAGUCUACAUAUUUAGAUGAAAGUUCACCCAAGAGUAAAAUGGCUUCCAGCAUUAUCAAAAACGUUCUUUCAAAGAAAAUGGAUACUGCUACCAAAGAAUAUUCAAGAAGUGAACCAUGUGAGAAUAAAAACAAACACAUUGAAACUCUCUCUGGAGGGGAUUCAAGCAAUGCAGAAGGGCAGAAUUCCAGCCUACCUUCUGAAUACAGUUUGUCCUUUGAGGACUUUGGAGGCAAAGAGGAAAGAAGCACUUAUCCUCAGAAGAGGAGCUGCAGGCCCAAGGUUCCCCCCAAGCCAGUCUUCAAAGCUAACUGUCUACCUCCUAACAGCAACUCUGCAGGUGUGGCGAUUCAGUGUAAAACCUUAGUGAAGGAUCAGAUAAGACCCAUAAUGGUUGGUGCCUUUGAAAGCAAAACAUCUAAGAAACAGAUCUUUGGGAACAGUGAGAAGGAGGCAAGUAAGGUCAGAGAGGAACACAGCAGUGACUCGGGAAGUACCAUUAACCGGUCCCCAAACUGUACUGCAAUUUGUGUUGCAAGCACACAGAGACGAAUGACAAACAGUGACAGCAAAUACCCCAUGACACCGGAAACCCAUAAACAACAGGAGGGCAGCAGCAGUAUGUUCUUGUCAAAAACCCCUGGAAUCACACUCAAGCCUUGUACCAUCAAGGAUAAAAACAAGUCUUCCUUGAAGGCAUCUCUCUACCCUGAACUGGAAAUAUCCAAAGACACCAGAUGUGAAUCUCUGUUAGGGUUAGAGGAAACACCUGAAGAACGAACGAGGCUCAAAACAGGGGUUGAGGCAGACACUGGCGAGGAUAAUGAAAAGAACAAGGCAAAAUCUGUUAUACAUAAAGUAAGGGACGUCAGAAAGCUGGUAAAAAACACCUACAACCUGUCCUUCAAAGCCUCAAAUACCACUCUCCAUGUAAAGGAUGUAGUGCCUGAAAAACAGAAGGGAAUGCAACCAGAAAAUCCUCAUCCUUUGCAGAUUGAAUGCAAAGCUAUCAGCUGCAAAGGCAAGUCAGCAUCUUGCAAUAAAUCAACCACCCAACAAGAUAUAGCACAUACUACUGACAAAUCAAAGAUGCCACAAAUGGAUUCACCAAAACGAAAUGAUGAAGAUAUUACAAAAAUAACAGCCAAGGCUUCCUUGCCAAACAUUCAACAUUCUGAUGUGGAUUUGUUUGUUGGUUUGGAUAAACGUAACAGCAUAUCUCCAUCUGGUAAUUGUGAACAGAGUAAAAAACUAGAAAUGCCUUCAAGGCCAUCAAGUAAGGAAAUAUCAACAUUAGUAUUUCUGCAGGAUAGCACACCCAAGUCUGUGCAGAAGCCAACAAGCCCUGCUUCCCCUGAGGUAAAAACUGCUAACAGUAGCCAUUCUGUGUCAAUGCUACGAAAAGAAAAGGGGAUGCAAGCUGACAUUGGAGUUUGUGAUGUCCUGAGUGAAGGAGUGGGUGCUAAACCUAAGCAUAUCAACAGGCUAGAGGUCCCCUUACAGACCUAUGCAUCAGAGGGAACAUCAAGUGAAUCCCAGAAAGUGAAAAAAGAAGAUGCUGAUUUACCUCCUGAACAGAAUAUAUCCUUAAACAGUGGUCUACAGACAAGAGAAGGUAACUUGCAGGUUAGGAGUUCUCCAAAACUUAAGGAAGUGAGAGUACUUCCCAGUGGAAAAGAGGGAGAUAACCAGAGUCAAGGAGAUUUGUUACAACCUCCAAAAGAACAAGAGAUUGCAGUUGCUGCAUCAAGCAAGGCAGAGGUAAGAGCAUUUUCUAGUAACACAAAAAUUCAUGGAAUGCCAGUAACAUCAUCUAAAGAGAUCGAGUUACCCAUUCAAGUGAGGUCAAUAUCCAGUGACAGACCAAAACCAUCUGUACUGCCUAAACCGUGUUAUAAACAGCCAUUUGCAGAAAUUAGGUCAACAUCAACCGACUUUCCUAAAACAGACACCACUCCAACAGCACCUAUUUUAAAAGAGCAAACACAUUUAAAGAGUGAUGUUAAAAUAAUUGAGACAUCAGCUACAGUGAUACACAAUGAGCAAUCCACCAACACCGCAUCAAGCAAUACCAAAAUAUUAGCUGUGUCAGCUGUGUCCAGCCACAAACCUCAAACUAUCCCAACAACGUCAAGUUCUGCACAGAAAUCAACAGCCACAACAAGCAGACAAGAGGUAUCUAUCACUUCAGUGCAAAACUCCAGCAACCAGCAAAAGCAGAACAUUCAAGAACAGGUGACAGCAGCAACUUCUUAUGCAUCUAAUUAUCAAACCUUACCAAUUGUUUCACAAGCCAAUACUUACAUGCAGCCUACAGUGACAGCAUCAUCUAAUAACCAGUUACAAACAGAUAACUUUCACUUUCCUACAUCAGAUGAUCCACCCAGCUAUGACGAACGAGAAAGUUUUAGCCCCUUGCAUCUUUCUGAUUUGCCCCCAAGGAGGAAGAACAGAUACCAUCCUACUACCAAACAUUCUCUUUGCUCCUGUACAUCAUGUUCCCACCCUCAAUUUGGCCAGCCCUAUCAUGGCUCACAAAACCAGACACCACCAGCCCCUCAUUCACCAGGUCAGGUGAUUUCAUGUCCAGGAGUACCACCACAGGCCCAGGUCCGUCCUCAUCAGUGCAGACCAGAUGGCCAAGCCUCAAAUUACCCAUCUGUCUCACCGAAAACUACAGUACAACAGGCUCCGGCCAUGAUUCAGCCCAUCCACCACUCUCAUACCUGCCCUGCACCAGCCAUACAACCGUAUGGUAAUGAGCAACAGCAACCUUCUAUUCAACACAUGGACAGACAUUCAGGUAAUCAACGUUCACCACAAGUUCCAAGUGGCGCAACAUAUCGGGAACACAGUCGUUCACCUAAUAUAGCUCCUUUGGACCCUAGAUCCCAGUUUUUCAAUCCACAAGAACUACCACCAGCUUUUGGUCAUGAAUAUGGGAAUGAUGGUCCUGGGGGUGGAGGUGUAUUGUACCCAGAAAAUACAAGUGGGCUUGGAUAUGGCCAAAGCCCCCGUCGUGUACUUCUAGAUCCUGAAACUGGGAAGUAUUUCUACAUUGAAGUGCCCAUGCAGCCAGUGAGAAAAAUGCUGUUUGAUCCAGAAAUUGGCCAAUAUGUGGAAGUUCUCAUACCACAGCAGGCUAUGCCCAAUUCUAGUGUGUAUCCUCCAACUGCUGCUCCAUACCAGGGUCCAUACCAUGGUCAAGGGUUAUAUGCAUCCCAGUACCUCCCCUAUGCGAUGCCACCCCAUCCUCAGCCUGCCCAGCAGCCACGACAUCCAGAGCCCUCAGUUCCAACAUCACUCCAUCAAAACACCAUGGGAUAUGGAAGCUCAGGAAGCCAGGCACCAAAAUCAGAUGUAAAAGGACAUCCAUCGCUGGAUCAGAGUUAUUUAGAGAGCAUGUAUUACAUUCCUACCGGGAUGAAUGCAAGCCCAAAUUCUACCCCUUCAGACUGCUACCACAAACCAGCAACAAAUAUGCCUGCUACUGGUGGCAGGAGGGCAUGA